UGAAAACGGCAAUUCUGAAUUAUUUACCUAUAAGGCACUAUAUAAACAUACGGAAAUCGAAAGUAGCCUUUCCAUUUCGGAAAAUCUGGGGGGUUUAGUGUAUAAUUAAUAUCACGCAAUCUGGCUUGUCUCCAUUGCGCAGAAUGGCGUCACUUGACGGGAAUCAAAACGAGAUAUAUAUUACCUACGCCUCCAUUUGCUUAUUAUCGAAGCUCGAAAGGUUUUGCGAGCAAAGUUUGACUCUAUAAUCAAACCUCCUGAUUUAACUAACACACUCAUGAGAGUAAAAAGAACAAUAGAUCACCUGAAGAAAAUAGGGUAUAUCUCAAAUGAAGAAUAUAAACUGUUAAAUCCAAAUCCUAGUUCAGAAAAAUUUGAUACCGCUUUGUUGGUGGUUCUUCUUCAACACAUCUGUAAUUUAAACCCUAGAGACAAAGUGUGGGGCCAGAAAGAUAACGCUAAAAUUAAAGGUAAUACAGACGAGGCAAAUAUCCAGCGUAUCAGGAAUUUGAGAAACAAAAUGCAGUACAAAAACGCUGCAAGGUUAGAGCAGCAUGAAUUUGAUAGCAGCUGGGAUAUUUUAGAAAAGGCCAUGGUACAUCUCGGGAAAAGCUGCGGACUGCACGAUGUCCAGAACAGUAUUGACAUCAUCAAAAAUAGAACUCUGGAAAUGGUUACACCAGAGAUGAAAAAUCUUCGUGAAAACACAAUGCUGUUCCUCAAAGAAUACCAAGGGGAUGAGCAGUAUUAUAUCAAGACAAAGUUUUUUCAUCAAGCUGAGAAGAUGUUGACAGAUAAACAUCUGACCGUAGUAACGGGAAACCUUGGCGAGGGCAAAACAACAAUGGCAGCGUACCUAGCGUUAAAAAUAUCGGAACCUGAAAAAUGUCUGAAACUUGAAAAUGCUUGCGAUUGGAGAAAGAUCGACUGGUCGUUAAAACAGUUCAAUACAGUGAUUAUAGAUGAUAUAUUUGGAGUUGGAGCUUUGAACACCACAUACCUUGCAGACUGGAAAAUGUAUCUGCCUGAAAUAGAGAGAGCUGCAAAAAUGAACCAGUUGAAUGUUAUUAUAACGUAUCGACAUUAUAUUAAGGAAUAUGACCUGCAUAGCGAUUCUAUAUUUAAGGACCGAGAAGGGAACAUUGUACAGCUUUGUUCAGUUGAUUUAACCAAUGAAGAGAAGAAGAACAUUCUCAUCUCGCGGGUCAAACGAACAAACAAUGAAGAUCUGUUUUUGAGAAACCACGUGGAUAUAGACGAAUGCGUCAUGAUGUACAAAGGAACGAUGAAUCGUCACAUUGACACGACUGUAAUUGGAUUUCCACAGUGCGCCAAUUUAUUUGUUCAGAGAGAUACAAUGAUAAAAUUGGGAGCACGUUUUUUUGAAAACCCAGUAGCCCACUAUAUUAAACAGAUGUACAAUGAAAAAAACUUCGACCUUUUUCUAGCUCUUGUAAUUGUCUGGGCAGAACGGACAGGUGGUCGAAUUAAAGCUGGCAACUUAGAAAUUGCGUCACAAACAUCAGGCCACAUUGGAUUUGUGGCAAAUAUAUUUGGCAUCGAAGUCAACAGGGAACGCCUGGAAAACAUAAGUUUUUGCUUAAAGAGUCAUCAGAAAGAUUCCUUGAUAUAUGUCGAACAUUCUGGAGAGUACAAGUUCAGUCAUAAUGCUAUUGGAGAUAUGGUUGGUGUUGUUCCAGGAGAUCAAAGACACAAAAUUGUAGAAACAAUCGAACUGUGUCCGCGUGAUUUCCUAAUGAACAUGAUUCGUUUAGAAGAUGCGGGAAACGAGCAAUUCUGUGUAGUUGUCGACAAAGAUAAUUACCAUUACCUUUGCAGAAAGGUUGCAAAAAUGAUCCUCCGAAACAACUGUAAUAGUGAUGGUCGGGGAGAUUUUGUUUCAGAAAGUACACAGUUGCUGUCUAGAAAACCACAAUUGCAUCUGGAAGUCCUUCAUAACCUUGAUUUCGAAUUACUACAUCAUACUAUGUUCAUGGAUGAGCAUUUUGUGGAAGUGUUUAUUAAAGUGGUCAAAGACGAACGUUUACAGCAAGAUCUCUUCGAAACUCCUGUUAUGAAAUUGAAAAUGAGUUUCAGUAAUGAAGAUGUGAUAUGCAUUCCGUUUUAUUGUCUUUAUUUUGGAAAAGAUGUCCUUUUGAAGGGACUGAUUGCCAAUGGUAUCGAAAUAACUUAGUUUUAGCCACACACUACGCAAAUCGUUACAGUCUAUGUAGCAUGAUUGAAAGCUAAUACAAACUGUCUGUGAAUUUAUUAAAUAUGAUAUUUAUAAAUGUAUUUAUGUAAAAUGAUGUACAGUAAUAUGUUGAUUUUGUUACGAAAUGUACAAUAGUCAUCGUCAAAAUCAUUUUUGAACACACAUUUUCGGCUGCAGCAUUAUAAUUAUAAGAAUAAUCACUAUAAUACAAAAUAAUCGUCGAUUUACAAUAUAUUAGCAUUGUAUUGUCAUAUAUGUUGUUGUUGUACAGUUUUUCAUAAAAUAAUGUCAGAAAUUCACUUGGACUUUAACUUUUAAAACUGUGGCGGUUAUCCUUUUUAUCGUCUGCGACUGAAUUAACAGACAAAUCGAAACCACACUGGAUUUUAUUAUUUUAUUUUACUUCUUAUUCGAAAGUCCGUAACAAAAAACAUAUUUAGAGUCCAAACACGGGGAAACUCCGCCAUAUGUGUCUUGUUCUGACAAAACUGGGAAUAAUACAUGUGCGUAAAGUGCCGUCCCAGAAUUGGCCUGUGCAGUUCGGAUAUGACCGAACAGUGCGGAUAUGAACGAAUACAGGCAAUAUCGACACUUUUUCUGCAAUGUUUAUUUCAAUGUUUAAUAAAAUAAAUACACAAUA